GCUGAGGAAACAGGUUGCUAAUUAUUCACAGAGCUAAGUAGGUAUUCUAUUGCACGACUACAGUACACUACAAAGGCAGAAGGUCAAAGCCUGCACGGUGAAGGAGCUAAGUUUGUUUUUUGUCAUAGAACUAGAAUGGGGGAAGAGGAAUCGAACUCAACGUGUGUUUCUCUGCAACUGGGAAGAAGAAAUUCUUCAAUGGCAGAGAAUAUGCAACCUAUUGCAGUUCAUUAUAAAGAUGAAGAGGGAAAAGAUUUAUCAUAUCAUAAGGUAGGAAGCAACCUCAGGACUGAUCAAAAUUUUCCCUACAUAGAGAGUGAUGAAGUUCAAAAUUCUGGAUUAGAACUUGAAUGGGACAUGGAAACAGAGCUGGAAGAGCUUGGAACAAGCUCUCUUGAUCAAUAUCAAGAGAAUAACUUUACUGAAGACUUUCAACCAGAUAGUUUCAAUGGGCAUUUUAAGCCUGAUAACUUUACUGAUCAGGAGUUAAAACAACCCAAAAAACAGUCGCAUAGUGUUACAUCGAGCCACCUCACUAUUUCACCUAAAGGACGGUUCCAGCGUUUACAGGAGGAACCAGAAUAUUUUUCACAUUGUUCAGAAUCAGGAUCCAAACUCACUUUACAGCACUUUUGUAGGAUCUUUAAAUUAAUUUGCACAUGUCUCUUUAUAUUCAUUUUGGGAUUAUUAAUAGGUUAUUUUUCAAAAAGACCUUCUUACUUAACUACUUGCUGCGUGACUGAAGAAGCUUCUUCCAGUGAAACACAAUUUCUCGCAGAUAUUGUAAACUCAAUUACCAAAGAAAAUAUUGAAAGAAAUUACAGACACAUCAUGCAGAUUUCUGUCAAUAAAACAAACACAGACAAAGUGAAGGAAAUUGCUCUUCUAUGGACUUCCCUGGGCUUAAAAGAGGUUCAGUUAGUAAAUUAUUCAGUCAUACUUGACUUACCAGGCGCAACUCCAAAUACAAUCACGGUGAACAAUGGGCAAUGCUAUUAUCCAAGCGGACAGACGUGUGAUGAAAAGAGCAAAGGUCAAGAGUUUCUACACUCAUACGCUGCUUACUCUGCCAGAGGAACUCUCAAGGGUGAAAUUGUUGAUGUGCAGUAUGGAACUGUGGAAGAUCUACAAAAAAUAAAAUUGGUAAAACCUGUAAAAAACAGCAUCGCUCUCAUAAAACUUGGAGUGCUGCCAUUUUUGUACAAGCUAUCAUUAUUGGAAGAACUUGGCUUUGGUGGAGCCCUUGUUUAUAUCGACCCCUGUGAUCUUCCUGAAGGGGAAAACUCAAAUGACCAAUUUAGCAUAUCUUUAAAUAAUGGCUUUGAACCCUUCACAUCUGACUUUUCUGCAAAGUAUGCUGACCAUGGGAAUAUGACUGCAAAUCUGACAACAUUACUUGUACAGCCUGUAACUGUAGCACUUUUAAGAAAGAUUUUUAAACUUCCUGAAAAUACAGGAACGAGCCAAUGCCUUCCAGUGAAGUUGCCUGAAACAGAAAACUGCACAAUCAUCUUAAAGAUUCAAUCUGUUUCAAUGAAGAAAGAAAUAACAAAUUCAUUUGGAUUCUUGAGAGGAGCAGUCCUUCCAGAUAGGUACGUGAUUCUUGGCAGUCCUCAUUUAAGUGUUUAUGCAGAAAACAAUAAAGACUGGGUCAGUAGUGCUGCAAUCUUGGCAUCAAUUAUUGAAUCUGUCAUGCUGAAAGUCAAGGGAGCAUGGAGACCCAAGAGGACAAUUAUUUUCUGUUCUUGGGGAGGAACUUUCUUUGGAAACAUUGGCUCUUACAAAUGGACAGAGGAAUUUAAAAGGCUUCUUGAGAGCAAUGCUGUUGCCUACAUUGGCUUGCAAAAUCCAAUACAUGGCAAUGUGAGCCUUCUGUCUUUUUCUUCACCAUCUCUCCAACAAAUAACAACUGAAGUUCUAAAAAAGGUGUGUUCUGGGAUGGAAAGUUGCUACAAGUCUAAUGUGAGUGCUCUGCAAAUGAAAGGAGAUGCUGAUGUCUUUCUUCACCAGCUUGGAAUCCCAGCUGUGCAAUUUGUAUUUGAUAAUGUCAAAAACUCAGAGACUACAAACUUCAUUUCAGAAGCCUUCUUUAUUGCAGAAGAGGAAACAAAUCAGAAAGAUCCUUCAUUUUAUCUUCAUGAAUAUAUUGCUAAGUUAACAUCAGAAAUGAUUCUACAAGUAGCAAGUGAACCAGUAUUACCCUUUAAUGCACUGGACGUAGCAUUAGAAAUUCAAAAGAACAUUGAAGGUGAUGAUACUGCCCGUAUGCUGAUGGAGAAGGUUAGAAGUCUGAGGGAAACCGCACAACUGUUCCAAUCUAAUGAAAUGCGUCCAGCUAACGAUCCCAAAGAGCGAGAUCCAAUCAGAGUCAGGAUUUUAAAUGACAUUCUACAAAAUUUUGAAAAAAAUUUCCUAAUUCAGAAAUCUCCAAUUGGAUUUUCCAGAAACAUCUUAUACAGACUGGAUGAAAAGACAACCCGGUUUUCAAUUCUUCAAAACGCAAAAGAUCUUUGCAAUAUGCAGAAGUCAAAUGAAACACUUCUAGCAGCCUUGCAAGAGGUGUUGAACUGCGUUACCUCAGCUGAGCUGUAUUUACAGGAAGGUCUUCAUGUGUUUGAAUCAGAUAGGACUGAGCUAUGAAUGAUCUCUGAGAGCAUCCCAAAUAUGUCCCUUAAAAACACAAAGCUCACAUCAUUGGGGUUUUUUUCAUGUGUGUAUUUUCCAAGUGGAAAGAAGAGGAAUAAAAGCAUAUAGCAGUAUAUGGAAAUUCAUCUUUACCAAAUGCUUUUAUGCCAAGGACAGGACUUAAAAUAAUAUUUGCUUAUUCAUUCAAAAGUAAAUUUAAAGGAAUAUAAGGAAAAAUGUGAAUCUCAUUCUUGAUGUCAGCGACAAGAAUGUACUGGUUGUUUGAAA